AGUGUCUUUGAAGCGUUACUUUUAACUUGAGUGAUUUUACAUAUUUCAAUAAGUUCAACCGUAUGGAAAAGUUUUGCAAAACAUGGCAACUUUUGCCACUUGAAUCGUCAGACGUGGAAGCAUCCAGGAAUUUCUACAAAGCACUGGGCCUCAAUCUGUUCAUUAGCAGUCUGAUGAAACAGGGCAAAAUCAUCGCCCGAUUCAAAGGCUCAACAAAAUACCCUGGAAAGUUCUACCUCACCAUGACAAGUCAGUUCCAGGCACCUAAUGACAUGUUGCGAUACACUUUGGGUCCCUUCGAACCAAAAAUGGAAGGAGGCGACAGCGAAGAUGACGCAAUCAAAGAUCACGUGGUGCAGUUGAAUAGGUUCACGAGUUAUUUCAAGUUGACUGAAAAUGGUGAAGUGUUGAAGCAGUGUAUCAUUCCGACUAAUCAAAACCAACAGGUGACUGCAGUGGUGACUCGAUACAUUGAUGAGGAGGGAAACAUGAGACAAAACAUGGAGUGCAAUGGGAUGAAGGUGCACAAGGUGUUCAAACCAAUUGAUCAUCUUUCAGCCGAAGAUGAAGAGAAUGAAUAGAAAAUUCAUGAGUUAAAAUCAGUAAUGUUUAUUUUCGGCACGGCAAAAAACGGAGAGUUACAAACCGUUUGGUGCUGAACAGGAAUUUCUCGAGGG